AUCUAUGUGAUAUUUUUCCAGCGAGUAAUAUGUAGUACAUUUCGUCAUUGCGAAUGGUCAACUAAACAAAGUCAAACUGUACAACUACUGAAGCACAUCUUCUCACCUGUAAACAACUACCUAUAUAUACACAUAUCACCUUUCAGACUCUUUCUCAAUUCUUAUUGCAUUCUUAUACAUACAUCCUAUACCUAGAUUAUACCUACAAGAACUCAUGGUGUUGGAUUUGCAAAUGACGAUGAAGAGGAGUAGAGAAGAAGAAGCUGAUCAGAACAUGAAAAGCAUGGCGAUUUCCUUGAUGCUACUCUCUAAUGGCGGCAGCGGCGGCGCGUUUGAUUCAACCGUCGACAGUUCUGCUGCUCGUGUUUUCGAGUGCAAGACAUGUAACAGGCAGUUCCCGUCGUUCCAGGCGCUGGGUGGCCACCGGGCCAGCCACAAGAAGCCGAGGCUGAUGGGAGAACAACAUUCCGGCGAGUUGCGGACAUCUCCGGCAAAGCCCAAAACGCAUGAGUGCCCGGUUUGUGGGUUGGAAUUCGCUAUAGGACAGGCACUUGGAGGGCACAUGAGGCGACACAGAACGGCGGCCGUUAACGAAAACAACCAACAGCCGCCGCUGCCGCUGCCGACCUUGUCUUUGUCUCCUCCACAUCCUCAUCCUAUUGUGAAGAGAUCAAAUAGCAGGAGAGUUUUGUGUUUGGAUUUGAAUUUGACUCCAUCGGAGAAUAAAUUUCUUCUGUUUGGCAAAAUGAUUCCUGCAGUUCAUUGUUUUAUCUGAUUUUGAAUCAUGCAGGAUAUACAUGUAUAUAUUUAUCCAAUCUUGAUCCUCAGCCAUUUGUUCUUCCUUUUAUUUUUUUUAAUUUUUUGGCAGAAUUUUGUUAUUACUUAAUUAGAUGUGGAUUUGUUCAUUCGUUUUAUAAUUUAUAAGAACUGGUUUUUUA